AUGCCUCCGAAGGACAAGAGAAAGCGCGGGCAUGCUGAUAUAUUAAGCCGACGAGAGCUACAGGCCGAGGAACUAGCGGAUUCCCAUGGUUUUAUUGAGGCGGAACAUGAAGGUGAGAAGACCGUGGAUGUGACUCAAGAGGAUAUAUUGGCGGAGGUGGAGCUUGGUGUGACUAAGAAUAAGUGGACCGAAUUCGGUUUAUCUCGUGGUCCUUAUACGUUGGAUUUCACGGAUGAUGGGACUCAUUUGCUGCUGGCUGGAGCUACGGGUGAGGCGAGGUUGUAUGACUUGCGCGGUAGACGUCGGAAGGCGGGUCCGACGGAGGUGGUGCGAGUUGCGUGUAACGAGACCAUCCGAACGGCAAGGUUUUGUUACAAUUCGGCAUGUUGGGCAUUAGCUCAAAAGAAUAGUCUGUGUCUAUAUGACAAUGAGGGUGUUCGAAUUCACGACUUUGAUCGUAGUGACAGUUGCACCUCUAUAGAUUAUUUGCCAUAUCAUUUCUUGUUGGUGUCGGCUAAGGGUGGCCGUGGAUUCAUAGAGUGGCGGGACUUGAGUACUGGAAAGUUUGUAGGCACCAAUCAAACGAAAUAUCUGAGUCCUAGGAAGGAAGCGUUGAGGCACAACAGGUACAAUGGAGUUUGCUACACUGCUCAUACCGAUGGGAUAGCUAGGUUGUGGACCCCAACCCUUAAGGAAGAGGCCUUGAGCUUCUUUGUUCAUGGGUCGGGCACUAAUUCAGUUGUUCCGUUCCGUGAUCAUUUCCUGGCAACUGCCAGCAACGAUAAUGUGGUUAGGAUUUUCGACAUUAGGAACCCAACAAGCAGCCUCGCAGUACAUCGACUGAAGAGCACUGGAGAAGUUUCUAUGGACGUGUCCCAAUCUGGACUGCUGGCCAUAGCUCAGGGACCCAGGGUAGUCAUUUGGAAAGACGCCAACCGCGUCGUAGUACCCUCCGCCACCACGGAAACCAAGCCGGUCGCCGGCAGCUCCAGAGGUCGUUGGACUACAGAGGACGGCAUGUAUAUGAAACACCAAUACGUUAAUGGACUUCGUUUCCACAGCGUCCGAUUCAGACCCUUUGAAGACGUACUUGGUUGCGGUCUCACCCAAGGCAUGGAGUCCCUAAUUAUUCCCGGAGCAGGCUAUGCCAACCUCGAUACUCUGGACAACAAUCCCUACGCAACCAACAAGGAAAAGGCACGCGCCCUAGUUCGCAGGCUAUUGGAUAAAUUACCAGCGGAUACUAUCAUUCUGAACCCGAAAGCAUUUUUCUCAGUCAAGAAACCCCGGAUCGUCGCGUAG